ACAGGAAAGAUUUUUUUCUCUGCAUGGUCACAGUAUAUUGUACUUAGUUAUUUUGUGAAUUAUCACAACUGUGAUGACUCCAGCCUCGGUCACUGACCUCUAAACCUUAGUGGGUUUUUAUUGGAUGACCACCGUUCUGAAAUGAUAAUAUUAUGUUGGGAGCAGAGAGCUCUGAGUAUUUUAUGACUUGGCAUGUGCUGUGGAAAUGUGUGGAGUAAAGGAUGGGGAAAAAGUGCCAGUGUUCUCCCACAAGAUUAGCUAUUUUCAGUUGGCAGUGUCAGCAGUCAGUCAGCAUUGUCAUUGUGUAAAACUGGAGGCAAUUUCAAGGCAAACAAGGAGAACAUCCCUUCUGUUGCACAGUGUGGGCAGACAAAAGACCUGCAUUAAAAUAUGUUAGUAAUUAAUUUAAUGGAACAGAAUUAGUCUCAUAUUAGGUUAUUUAACAGACACACCAGAGGAACUCAGGAAGUAAAUGAAAAAAUGAAUACCUUUGCAGUUCUUGGAUGGAUUGCAGCAAUGACAAGUGCAUACUCUAGUGCACAAUCAAAUGGUCACGUGCUCCAUACCUAAAGCAGCGCUAUACUGUUUCAUAGAAAAACUUGGUUCUAAAAUAAUUACAUAUGUUAAUCUACAUUAUACUUAGAGCUAUAAGUCAUAUACAGUAAUAACUACACUUCGUGAAUACAUGUUUCCUCUUUGUAUUCGUUUUGGCUUGUGUCUAGACUGAAUAUAAUUUCUGUCUUGAAAAGCCUAUCAAAACGAGAAGUAGGAAAGACCGAAGUCUUUAAAAAUACAGGGUACAUCACGUCAUCCUUGUUUCCGUGAGCCAGCAGAGCUUCAUGGAGCGCUGAAGGAUAUAGCGUUCAUGAGUAGUCAGCGACACAGAUGGUGAUAUUAGUACAAACCGUGCGCGAUCAGACACAGGUGCCACGGGGCGCGCAGUUUCCUCUAUAUGCUGAACCGGAGCCGGCGCGUUGUGGCGCUCCUGAGGAUAUGCUAAACGGCAUGCGAUGUUUGCUGAACCAAAGGAACGGAGCGGUGAGAGGCGGGGGCCUAACAUUAAGCUGCACUGAAACCGAGCAACACCCAGUGUUCUGCUGAAACCGCUUCUUCCACAACAGCUCUGUCUUACUGUCGCCGAUGUCAUCGUGUUUACUUUCUGUUGACUUUUGCGAAAGUUUGCAUAGGCUAAUGGACUUGCAUCUCUCAUAAAGCCAUUCGAACUCUGGUGCCUGCUGCAUAAUAAACCUCCUCGGAAACGAAUUUACUUGUAAAAUUAUUUUUAUGUUGUACUAUCCUAUAAUCUUGAAUAAGCAAACAAAAGAAAGAAAACCGAGGAAUGAACAGCAAUUUCCUGGAAGAAAACACGAGCAAGCUGCUCAUUAAGGAGCGGAUGGAUGCCGAGGCCUGUGAGGUGUGAAGACAGCAGCAGUCCACAGACAAGCGAGAGGUUUGCCCUGUGUACUGGCUCCGCCCACCAUGAGUGCUGCUGCCAGUGAUGUAACCGGCACCCAAAGGCCCGGCUGGGUGGCCUUCACUGAUGAGCCUGCGUGGUCCAACGUGGAAUUCCAGAAAGGUACGGAUGGGAACAGCAACCUGCAGGAGUCCUUUGCGGCUCUUCCCCAGGAGGAGGCCCCUCCCCCUGGCCCUGCCUCCGGGGGAGAGGCGGAAGCACUUGGCCCGCUAGCGCAGCAGAAUGCCUGGGUCCAUUUUGACGAGAAGCUCUGGCGCUCUCCAUCUCCUUCUCAGUCACAGGUAAAAGGCCCCAGGCACAGCGUGUGCUCCUCGGCCAGUUUCUGGAGCAUCGCGCCCCCCUCUGAGAGCAGUUGGACCGGUCAGUCUGAGGAGCACAGCUCCCUGAGCUUGGGGGCGUCGUCCUGCGACCUUCCAUCCCUCCCCACCGAGGAUCCCACCAAUCAGACGCCAUCCAGCGUGUCCUCUCCCAAUUGUUCCAUCUAUCAAGACGAUGAGAGCAUAGACAUGGACUCCGUAAACUGGCCUCAAAACGCUAAACACAUGAACGGCCAAUCAGAAACUAGUACAGGCCGGUUCUCCAGCUGGGUCACCUUUGAUGACGAUGAGCCAGAUGUCCAAUGUCUUGGGAGAGCCUCCUCCCUCAAACUGGAGAACCUCAGCUGCGGUUCCACCCAGGACGCCAACAGCAACAUCAUUUCUCCGGUUCAAAACCAGAAAGUGGAGCGGCACCUUCUGGACCUGACUCCAGAGGGUGUCAACCCUGCCUUUACCCUGGAGAGCUCACUUUUCAGCGGCAGCACCCCCUACAAUAAGAAGAACCCUUUCCUAGAUGAGGAACUCGUAGAUGUCCAGCCCUCCCCCAUCAACCCUUUCAGUGCCUAUUUCAAUGAAAAGGAUAUCAAGGUUUCUCAGAGCAACGGGUCAUGCUCAGAGAGCCCCCACAUUUUCUCUUUCAGCUCCCCUUUCUUUCAGUCUAGCGUCACUGAUGUCAAAAGGGAAUCUUUGCUGCUGUUUUCUCCUGUUUCGAGCUCCAUAGAUGAAAACGUUUUCUGCCCCCCGAGCGACCGGCUGGAGCAGCUUAGGAAUCUGCAGAUCACCGACCCAGACCAGCUCGGCAGUCCCACGCUACCUGAUGAUCUCGCGGACUCCGUGGAGCCAGAGGAGCCCCUGUACGAGCCGGCCUACCUGACCCCACGGGAUGGCUGGCCCAUGAUGCUCCGCAUACCAGAGAAGAAGAACAUCAUGUCGUCGCGGCACUGGGGCCCCAUCUUCGUGAAGCUGACCGACUCCGGGCGACUGCAGCUCUUCUAUGAAAAGGGCCUAGAGAAGCCCUUCAAAGAGUUUCAGCUGGACGGCCGCCACGAGCUGUCGGAGCACAAGCUGCAGAACUACGACGAGAAUGGCCGAGUGCACACAGUCAGCAUCGACCACGUGGUCUACAAGGAAAAACGCAAGAUCCAGCCCAAGGUGGCGGUGGUCCACAUGCCCAUCAAGGAGCAGCUGGUCAAACUGGCCACCAUCAACUACCAGGACUUCCUGAGCUUCUCCAACACGCUGCAGGAAAGGCUGAUGCGCCUGCCAGUCACUUCGGAACCCUUGAGCAGCCCCGUAUGCUACUCUGAGGAGGAGGUGAUCGUGGACGUACGGGACGAGUUCCAUGGGGUGGUGUCCAGAGGGGACAACAGGAUCCUUCAGCAGCUGGUGGUGACCCAUGUCAACGUGCUGGCAUUUGUUUCUGGGUCUCCUCUUUGUAGGAUAGGAUUCAACGACAUUCAGGUCAAAGGUAACGAGGUGGUGGCCCGGCACGACAUCAUCCCCAACACCACCACUCGCUGGAUCAAGCUGCGGGACUGCCAGCUGCACGGCUACGCCAACAAGGAAGAGUUCGCCGAGUCGCGGGCGAUCGCCUUCAGCCCCCCGAGCGGCUGCCGUUUUGAGCUGCUGCACUUUCGCACUGUCUUCGCAGAGAAGACGCUCCCCUUCACCCUGAGGACUGUGGCCAGCGUCAGGGGGGCCGAGGUGGAGCUCCAGUCCUGGCUGGUGAUGUCAUCCGGCUUUUCGUCCAAUCGAGACCCUCUGACGCUGAUCCCGUGUGAAAACGUGAUGAUCCGGUACCCCAUCCCCCUGAUGUGGGCCAAGAACUUCCGCCGCGACAGUGUCAUGGGGGAGAAGUCGUUGAAGGCGCGGUUCAACAAAGGCGCCAGCUUUGGCUCUGCUAGCACCUCUGGGUCAGAACCAGCCAUGAGGGUAACACUAGGAACUGCCAAAUAUGAGCACGCCUUCAAGUCUGUGGUGUGGAGAAUUAACAGACUCCCGGACAAAAACACAGCACUGGGACACCCCCACACCUUCUUCUGUCGCCUGGAGCUGGGUUCGGACCGGGAGGUGCCCCCCAAGUUCCAUCGCCACCUGGAGGUGGAGUUUGAUAUGCCCGCUGCCUCUGCUUCCAAGGCCACUGUGCGCUCGCUGUCUGUGGGCGAGAGGACUGAUGUGAAGAAGUGGAUCAACUACAAGUCACACUACAGUUAUCAGGUGGAAAUAGAGCAGAAGAUUAACAGUGUUUCGGACCAGCCUGGGGAGUGUGUACAGCAGUGAGGCGGAACACUGGGAUAUGUCUGCCUGUUUAACACUGGAAAUGCAGGGGAGAAGGCAAAAUUUUGCACUUUGGAAAAAUGAUUGGACUGUAAAUAUCUGUGUACUCUGGAUACUGUGCUGGAUGCUGAAAGACUGAGGUUUGCUUGUCUUGACAUGUCUGUCUUUUUUGUUGACUAUGGCCAGCUUGGUCUUGGGGAACAUAUUUUUGUAUUAGUAUUUAUUAGCUGACAGAUUUGACUAGCCCAGUCAAACUUUGUAAUAUUUCAGAGGUUAUUUUGGAGGGCACAGAAGGUGUAAAAUGUCUCGUGAAGGUCCGCGUACAGUAUAGUCUGACAAAACCUCCGACUGAAAGUUUGCUUUCCUGUGGAAAAAAAUCAGAAAUGCAACACAAAAGAUGGUUUGGCAUUCAGUUAUGAUUGUAACAGUAGACUCAGAUUUGUAAUCAUGUUUUGAAUCAUUGAAGCAUUGACACAAAGGCUGUAUUAGUUUGUCACCAUUUGGCACCUUCUGAUCUGGUGAAGAGGACAUUUCCGUACAAUAAAUUAGAGCUAUGAAUUAGAGUUUUCCUUUCCUCACAUACUUCAGAUUUUUUCUUUUCCACAUGUGACAAGCUUCAUUGCAGUAUUAGUAUUGUGAUCAUUAUAUUCUAAUCAUUGUCCUGUACAUUUCUUUACAUGCACAAGUCUUAGUCAGGUUCACUUUUACAUAUUACAUUACAGGCAUUUGGCAGACGCUCUUAUCCAGAGCGACGUACAACAAAGUGUAUAACCAUAACCAGGAACAAGUUUGACGAAACCCCUAGAGAGAAGUACCGGUCCAGGUGCAGGGAACAGCCGCGUAGUUCAACUUGGACCCUGAAGGUUAAACUGAUUAGCACUAACACAACGAGAACGGCAACAAUGCAGUCUAUGGAAAAAAUACAAGCAGUAGUUAAGACAGUUAAUGCACCUAAGUCACCUACAAAACAGCUGCCUAGUGACAACCCUAAGCUUACAGUCAUUUACAGGGGGGUAGGGAGGGAUGGGGAGAGGUGCAGCCUGAAGAGGUGAGUCUUCAGUCGUCGUUUGAAAUGGGUCAGUGUCUCAGCUGUUCUGACCUCCACGGGGAGGUCAUUCCACCAUCGUGGGGCCAGAACAGACAGGAGACGUGUUCUGGAAGUGCAGGUGCGAAGAGGGGGAGGUGCUAGGCGUCCUGAGGUAGCAGAACAGAGGGAUCUGGCUGGCAUGUAGGGUUUGAAUAUCUUGAGGUAUGCUGGGGCUGAUCCCUUGACUGCCUGGUAUGCUAGGACCAAUGUUUUAAAUUUGAUGCGAGCUAUAACAGGCAGCCAGUGGAGGGUCGUGAGCAGGGGAGUGACGUGGGAGUGUCGGGAGGUUGAAGACCAGACGAGCUGCAGCAUUCUGAAUGAGUUGCAGGGGUCUGGUGGCAGAUGCCGGUAGUCCAGCCAGAAGAGAGUUGCAGUAGUCCAGGCGGGAUAGAACCAUUGCUUGGACCAGGAGCUGGGUUGAGUAGGUGGUGAGAAAGGGGUGGAUUCUCCGGAUGUUAUACAGGAAAAAUCUGCAUGCCCGGCUUACUGCUGCAAUGUUCUUGGAGAGGGACAGCUUGUUGUCCAUCACCACUCUGAGAUUCUUGGCACAGGGUGAUGAUGUCACUAAGGUGUCCCCUAGGGAAAUGGAAAAGUCGAGGAGGGGAGAGGAUAGAGCAGGAAUAAAGAUUAGCUCCGUCUUUCCCGGGUUGAGCUUCAGGUGGUGAUUGUCUCUUCUACUUAGUUUUGAAUACAUUUUUGUUAAGACAAGGAUUUUGUUUAAUUGCGCUACUGUUUUGCACUGUCCCCAUCCCAGAUUCCGAAUUCAAAUCAUUUUCAGGUUUCUGAAAAGCUUUAAUUUUUAUGUUUUUGCUGUUAGCCUAUUCUCUCUAAUUAUCACUUUAAAUACACAAUGUGUAAAACAGCAUAAAAAUGAGUAAACUUUCUGAAGCAACAAAUAUACACAUUAGAAAAUGUUGGAAAUAGGGAUUUGUUGUGGUAAAGAAGAGAUAGAAGUAUACAUGGUCAGCAUUUGUUUUGUCAUGCCAGUUUAUCAAGCAAAUGGAAGCCAAGUAUUUUAACAAGUGCCAUGUAGGGUUUACUGGAGCACCUUGCCAAUAUAAUGUCUUAACAGAACAAAGCAGUGAUUGCAAGAAAAACAAAUUGUGUUGUUUAUGCAGAAUUGUAUUAACCGUUAUGCUAAAUGUAGGGUAUUUGUUGAUAUAAGUGAUAUCAAAACUACUGUAUUCGAUGUGUAAUAAGAAAUUUCUUUGUUUUUUUUUAAAUAUUACACAUCAAUGUAAUGCAUGUAUACAGAUGCACAAUGUUCAAACUACUAACAUCAACUUAACGUUACAGGAUUUUUCAACUUAAUGUUACUGAAUGUUUGAAAGAAAAUGGCUGUACUGGAGGAUAUCCAUACAAACCCAUAUAUGGAUGUAAGAACCCAGAAUUAACGAGUGAGCUGUGCUUUAAAACUGUGUCCCUACAACUGAUGAUGAAGUCCUUGUGCACUAAAUUAUGUCCUGUUUUAUAGUCCUUUAAAAGCAAGUUUCAAAACUUCUCUUGUAACCUGUAAGACCUUUCAGGUUAGGGAUUUGUUUUUUGGAAUCAGUGUUUUCUUUUUUUUUUGGGAAUUUCCACCAAGGUCCAUGUUGCCAAGUUGUGAAGUUUUGAACAAGUCACUGCCAACUGGAACACCGGGUUGGAUAUUAGGAUAGAAAGAAAUCAACUAAUCGGUGCUGUUCUGAAUCUUGUGCUGUUAUUUUUCCUCAGAAAACUGCACAGAUUAUCAGAAUUUAGCAGUUAAAAUGUGUAUUGCAUAUUAUAUAGCUUAAUAUACUGCCGUACAUUUAGAACAAACUGUUCAAACCUUCACUGUAGAAGUACAGGAAAACUCAAAUUGCACAUUUUGUAUCGCCAAUUGCUCUUGCACCCCUAUGCAGUAUGUUUUUGUUGGUUGGAGUUUAACUGUGGUGGGAAUACAGUUUCAGUUUGAGUGACAGAAGGAUGCUGUGCUCCAAGAAGCGGCAGCGUAUAGUGAACAUGAAUCAUGAAAAGGGAUUUUAGUGCCUAUUACCUAAGCAUAGUUCCUAAAAUAUUUGUUCAUUUUAGUGGAAACAUGAGGGCUUUAAAACUAUUUCAUAGGUUUUCCCUGGGCACACCAAACCAACAAUAUGUCUUUUUAGCAACUAUGACAAAGCAGUAUACUCUGUAUCACCAUGGAUUGAUUACAUUUCCCUUUACUAUUUGAAAGGACUAAAGACAGCAUAUUUAUAAUUGUGAACUUUGGCUCUGUAGCCUAUUGGGAAAGCUAUGGUCUGUAGACGCCUCUGUUGCACAUAUUUGAUUUUAUUUUAUUUUUACUGUGUAUUGCUUUAAUACCUGGCACCUGUUUACAGCAACAGAUUAUCCCGCUAACACAAUCAGCAUGCUUUACGAUUAAGACUGGGAUGAAAAAGUAAGUGGUAGUGCAUUUUUUAAAUGUUGUUACAUUGCACAGAUAAAGGAAAUGCAUUUCCCCCCCUAAAA